AUUGCUAGUGCGCAGACUCAGUAGGGAUGUUUGUGGUGAAAACAAUGUCGGGCAUUACCAACACUGACUGCUACGAUCGAUAUCAGAGUAUGUGACGUAAAUUUAUCUGUCAUUGUGCAAGGCGAUUAUUUACCGAUGUAAAAAUGUUGUACUAAGUGUUGUGGACGUGGCAAGUGAGGCAAGAAAUAAAUAAUUGUGAAAAAUGCGGUAACAGACAUGUUUUUCUGUUAAAUGUGUAACAUACACGCAGGAGGUCCGUCUUCCGCACUACGGGUAAAUGGUUUUGAUAAUGAAUACGUCUAAUGGCAAUCAGGCCAAUAGUGAAGAAAUCGCAAUGGUUGUUGGUUCCCCAAUGUCAAUCCAGUCCGACGAUGACGAUGACAAUUGUCAGUCAUCGGCGGGCUCCGCCUGUGAGGAAGGCUCCGAUUUUAUGACAGCGGCUAUGGACGAUGAAGUCACAGCCCAGUUAGCUGCUGCUGGUCCUGUUGGAGUCGCCGCUGCUGCUGCUAUAGUCUCGGCAAAGAAACGCAAAAGGCCACACUCAUUUGAAACAAACCCUUCGAUAAGAAAACGACAACAAAAUCGUCUUCUCAGAAAGUUGAGACAAACCAUCGACGAAUUUGCAACACGUGUUGGCCAACAAGCUAUAGUAUUAGUUGCCACACCGGGCAAACCAAAUGUUAGUUAUAAAGUGUUUGGGGCGAAACCUCUAGAAGAUGUUAUCAAAAAUCUCCGAGGCAUGAUAAUGGAGGAGUUGGAGAAUGCGUUGGCCCAUCAAGCGCCUCCGCCUGUACAAGACGAUCCGUCUCUUUUUGAGUUGCCCCCAUUAAUCAUCGACGGAAUACCCACCCCUGUUGAAAAAAUGACACAAGCACAACUGCGUGCGUUUAUACCGUUGAUGCUAAAGUACUCGACUGGGAGAGGUAAACCGGGGUGGGGGCGGGAGUCCACGAGACCCCCAUGGUGGCCCAAGGAACUCCCCUGGGCGAAUGUCAGAAUGGAUGCUAGGAGCGAAGAUGAAAAACAAAAAAUAUCUUGGACCCACGCUUUGCGACAAAUAGUCAUUAAUUGUUAUAAAUUUCACGGCAGGGAAGAUCUGUUACCGGCGUUUACGGAAGAAGACGAAAAAGCCAAUGCCACUGCUACAGCCAACGCGAAUGUCAGUACAUCGGUUGGUGUUUUAAAAAUGCAUUCCUCAGGAAUUGUACCUACUCAUAAGAUACAGAUCCAAGCUAACGGCUCGCCUCAAAUAAUUGCCGCCUCGCCUGAUGGCUUGUCGGGGUCUUCUGCGCAGGUUUGCCUCGAUCCUGCAGGCUAUAGUUCAGAUGUUGAUAUUACAACCCAAUACACCCCGACGGUACUUCACACAAUUACAAACCCCGACGGAACUGUCAGUAUUGUCCAAGUGGAUCCUAAUAAUCCCAUUAUUACUUUACCAGAUGGUACAACAGCUCACGUGCAAGGAAUGGCCACUAUUCAGACGGGUCAGGGUGAUGGUACGCCUGUUCACACAAUUCAAGCAAUAUCUGAAAGUGGUUCGCAAGGUGAAGUUGUUGAUUUGAAUUCAGUUACUGAAGCAACAUUAAAUUCCGAAGGUCAGAUUAUCCUAACCGGGGAGGAUGGACACGGUUACCCCAUUUCAGUAAGUGGCGUGAUUACCGUACCAGUAACCGCGUCAAUGUACCAUACCAUGGUAGCAAAUAUUCAGCAUCUGCAUACAAAUAGCGACGGUACAGUUUGUGUCACUCCAGUCGUUCCAGUACCAAAGUCUGUUGAUAAGGUCGAGCCCAAUAAUGGAGACAACAUGGAAACAUUGGCGGUUACACCUAGCGGUUUAACCACUCAUUCUAUGAUGAUUCAAAGUUCAGGUACGGAGGGUCCACAAGUUUUACAAGUUCUCUCAUUAAAAGAUGCGACUGUUUUAACAAAAGCGAUGCAAGGAAUUGCCGAUGUUAAAACAGAAGAAACUAUAUUAAGUGACCAAUAAACGGCUCACUAAUUCUUAAAUAAAUUAUUAUUGUGUAACCACCAUUAUUUUUAUCAGAAGUAUUUUUUAAUUUUACUUUUUUCUUUUAUAGUUAUCUGUAUUAUUUAUAUUAAGUAAAGAAGAUUAGGCUUUAUAUUUUUGUUUCAAUUGUUUUGACUGUUAAAUCAUGUGGUGGUGAAUAAAUUUUAACGAUCCAAGCACAGAUUGUUUGUUUCUAGAUAAGUGGUUAACUUAAAAUUGUGAAAUCUGUACACAACUUUUAUACAAUUUACAAUGAGAGUACUUAGGUUUUUGACAUUCGCCAGGCCUCCCAAACAACGAUAACUAACCACUCAGUACUUAACCGUAUUAAUUUUUUGGCGUCCACACUUUAUAUUAGAAAAUCAUUAUGUAAAAGCAAAUUAUGAAGUGGGCACAAAAAGACAAACCUUCCUGUAUGUGAUACUGUAACGCAAAAAUAUUUAUUUUACUUGUUUUUUAUUUAGAGUUUAUUUCAUAAUCAUGAAAACAAUUCUUCAUAUUUUUUGCCCGAAGUCUUGAAAAGGUCAAUUUCCGUUUUUAUUGUUCUGAGAUAUUAAUUGCGCCUGACUAUAAUUUUAAAUAUGUAAAUAAUUAAUUAAUAAUGUCUGAAUAAAUCCAACAGGAGAUUGGCCUUUUUUCGUCAUUUCGGUUAAAUUUAUUUUGGGUCUGUUGCAAUUUUUCGCCAAUAAGGUGAUAAAAACGCGUUUUAACAACUAAUGAUCUCAAUUCUGAAAUUUUGUGUUUUUGUGGAGAUAGUUUUAGCUGAGACAUCAUGGAAUACUUUACGGUAAUUUUAGGAGUGGAGAGUAAUGUUAAUUAAUUAAUGUUCAGGUUUUGUUAUCCCACUUAUCUAAAACAUAACACUAAAAAUACUACGUAUUUUGCUAGUCACUUUUGGCAUAGUAAUGAUGUUAGUUUUCUAAUGUUGAGAAAAAGGGUAUAUUGUCGUGUUCGAACAUAUUAGAAAACGUCGAAUUUUCUUAUUGGUCAAUCUGUGUUAAGUUAUAUCUUUUUAUACAUGUGCAUACUAUGUGUAAGUUUUCUUGUAAAUUGUAAUAAUUUAGAAUAAUUUAAUACAUUGUUAAUUAUUUUUAGUUAUUACUGGGUAUUUUAAUUGUUAGUUCACAUGCACUAGAAAGGUUUUAUGUGUGUAAACAAUGGUGGUUGUUUUUGGUGUGUAUUGUAUGGUUCCUUUGUUAUUUGUGCCAUACAUUUGCAUUGCUUAUUUCACCAGUUUUUUACUUUUUUGCUGAUUUCCAUACCUUGUUAAUUUUUGUAUUAUAUAAAGAACCAAAUAUUAAUUAGGCUUGGUUUAGAAUUUCGUGCCAAAGGCAUAUUAAAGUACCUUCAUUAAAUAAUUUAAUAUUAGGUUACUUUACACAAUUAUUUACUGGAGUUCUAUACUAGUAAUGUAAUAGGUGAAGUCUAGAUUAAAUAACCGUUCAUUUCUCAUAUUGUAAAAUUAUGAACACUGUACAUUGUAUAUUUUACAAAUCUCACUGUAACUAAUAACUUUUUGACAAAAUAAAUGUAAUAGUUUGUUUCAAUGUGGUGUGACAUGUUAACUUUUAAAUGUUAUUUUUAUGGUAUGCAUGUAUAUUAGAAUUUAGAUCUAUAUGGCCAAUUACCUGUAGUGGUAACGAAUUGUAGCACCAUAUAAACAUCACAUACACUAAAGAUAUCUUCCUGUUAUCACUCCCAUUUACACGAUUUUGAAGAUAUCUUUCUUUUGUUUUUGUUUAUAUUUAAUGUGCUGGCACAAGAGGCAAUGUUUGUCCAUAAAAUUUUCUAAAAAAUUGUACAUUACACCUUACCAACUGGCCUUAUGUUACUUAUAAAAAUGCCUUUGGUUUUACGCACUCUAACGAAAUUUUAAUGAUCUUGGCCUGAUCAUUAAUUUCAGUUGUAAAUUUUAUUAGAAUUCUGUAAUAACCAAAUAAAGCUAUGGAUUAUGUA